AUGGCGGAGAGGACUAAAGGACAAAUCCGAGUCGGAUUUUACGAUAUUGAAAGGACUAUCGGCAAGGGAAACUUUGCUGUAGUGAAAUUGGCUAAACACCGGAUAACGAAAACUGAGGUGGCCAUUAAAAUUAUAGAUAAAACACAGUUAGAUGAGGCUAAUUUAAAGAAAGUGUACAGAGAAGUUCAAAUAAUGAAAUUAUUAAAUCAUCCACAUAUCAUUAAACUCUUCCAGGUGAUGGAAACCACCAAUAUGUUGUAUUUAGUAUCAGAAUAUGCACCACAUGGAGAAAUAUUUGAUUAUAUCGCUCAACAUGGCCGUAUGAUGGAAUCAGAGGCUCGACGAAAAUUCUGGCAGAUAUUAUCAGCUGUAGAAUAUUGUCAUAAUAGAAACAUUGUUCACAGGGAUUUGAAGGCAGAAAAUUUAUUGAUGGAUGCAAAUUUAAAUAUAAAAAUAGCAGAUUUUGGUUUUGGUAAUUUUUAUAAGCAAGAUGAACAGUUAGCCACAUGGUGUGGUAGUCCACCUUAUGCUGCUCCUGAAGUUUUUGAGGGCAAAAAAUACCUUGGUCCACAAAUAGACAUCUGGAGUUUAGGAGUUGUAUUAUAUGUAUUAGUGUGUGGAGCUCUACCUUUUGAUGGACCUAAUUUACCAUCAUUAAGAGAUAGAGUAUUAUCAGGAAGAUUCAGAAUUCCAUUCUUCAUGUCAACAGAAUGUGAGCAGUUGAUACGUAAAAUGUUAGUAUUAGACCCAAAUAAACGCUACACAAUACAGCAAAUAAAAUCACAUAGGUGGAUGCAAAUUGAUGGUGGACCACCAAAUUUACCACCAGCUAGUCCUCUCAUUGGAUAUAAUGCCAAGGUUGGUGAAUUCAACGAAAAAAUAUUACGCAUCAUGCAAAGUCUUGGUAUUGAUCAACAAAAGACAAUGGAGGCACUGAAGAAUGAUGCAUACGACCAUUACACAGCAAUAUAUUAUUUAUUAUUAGAUAAAUUACGUCAUCAUCGGAGUAGUUUCCCCACAGAC